UUGAUAUUGCAAGAUAACUCCACACGGCUCAAUGUGAUAACGAAAUGUUAACAUCUCAUCGGCUUCUCGCUUACGGAAUGUUGGUUACACAAUUUGAGAGUUAAUGUAGACAAACGAGAUGUUUCGUAUUGUUUUAGUUGUAAUAUGGAUGAACGCGCUAACAAACGGUACCAAAAUGUGCGUUCUGUCACCGAUGACAUGGAUUGAUGCUAUGAAACACUGUCAGUCGUUGGGUGGGACUCCGUCUAGUAACGUUUAUAUUCCGAAGAGUAUCAUUCACCACUUGACUUCAUCCUCACUUUGGACAUCCGACUAUGCAGCCUUGAAACCUACAAUAGGAAAUGACCCUCCCUAUUGGUGCGAGUACAUUACAAUUGGGGCUGACGACCAGGUUGGUGGUGUUCAGGUUGGGAAUUGCACAACAGAGAGGACGUACUUGUGCUGUGAAAAUGGAACGAUAGGCAGCCGUUGUACAAGGACUGGACCAUGGUACCAAACAAAGGUCUGCAAAGAGUUACACUCUUACAGCGAGAUGCACAAUUUAACAAGUGGCGACUACUGGCUGAAUAAUGCCUACAGCGUCGAAAAUUAUACUUUUCAAGCACAAUACAACACGACUUCAAGCUGGAGUUUACCGACUGUGUCUAGGUGCGGCUUCUUGGAAGUUAAUGGGGAUUUUCAGUUUGUAAAUGACUGCAGCAUGGAGCAUUAUUCUGUAUGUGUUAUCCCUAACUAUCCCGCGGGUGGCAUUGCAGAUUGUAUACAAACGAAAACAUCUCCAUUGUCCUAUUCUGUGAUAUCAACAACAGACGCUCAGACAACUGUAAAACAAAAUGUCUCACAAUCACGAGAUUCAAGGUUAUCCAUAGGUUUAGGUGUUGGUUUUUCACUGUGUGGACUUGUUGUCAUCAUCGUUGGAAUAGCUGUUUACAUUCGAAGAAAGUCACAGUCACGUGACACCAAGAACGGCAGAUCCAAUACCAACACCGCGAUUAAUGCUACAUAUAUGUCAGAUAACCAAGUUGACUGUGUUAAAGUUUUAGAGUGCUCAGGUGAAACAGAGGAUCGUGAUGACCCCUAUUGCACAAUAACAGAUGGCAUUCGAAAAUCAGGCGAUAACGAAGUAACCAUGUCUGAUUUAAACCCUGAUGUAUCCUCACCAUAUGAAUCAUAUUUUAACGUUGGGCAGACACAAUCUUUCGGUGGUAAUACACAGUUUGGAAAACGUGACCAUAUGUCAGCGAGUAACACUGUGAUGAACACGGUGUAUUUUUCAAACACAAGCAAAGGCGAGGAUCCCGAUUACGUUAACACAGAUGUGAUGAGCGACGAAUAUGAUAGUAACCAUUUCUCCGAAACAAUGCAACCAAUACUGUUAAACGAAAACAAUCACCUUGGUGACGAAGAGAAAGCAAAUAAUUACAACGCCGCAUCUUGAAGUCAUAUGCCUCCAAUUUUAAGUGAUUCUGAUUACGACAAACUCAGUGUAUGAUAGAAACAAUUGCAUGUAAUAUACACCGCGUAUCAUUGACAAUAAAGUAUAGUACACAAUCAUA